AUGAAGGUGGACGGCGAACUGUACCAGAGCUGUGUAGAGCCGGAAUUCGCUCACACCGCAGCCGUUACCAGCGCCUAUUUCCCGCCCCUGAUAUCGCUGGUGCACGUGAAUCGCGGCGGAAGUGACGCGCUGGAGCUUAGGUUGAGGCGGAACUGGCCCACCUACCCGGCUAACGUCAAGGAGAGCAUCGUCCUCGAAGAUGUCAUCAACGUCCUCUGCGGCUCCGAAGGGACCUUGUACCACGUCGAGCAUGCCUCCUACGCGGUACAUCGCAGCCCCAUCCUCGAUCGAAGUUGGUCCACUCGGUCGCGCCCUAAUGCUGUUACAGAAAACGACGCCACGCUGUGCAUGAUGGCGGAGGAGAUCCUCGAGCUCGCCGUCAUGCAGCGAAAAGUUCAGGACUUCGUCCAGGACAACGAACGCGGGUUCGUGGUGCUGAGCCUCUGCGAGGUACUCAACGUGCUGCUGCAAGAGCUGCAGAGCCGUAUCGCACAAUUCGACGAAUCGCAACGCAACGUCGGCAUGGGGCUGCAAAGGUUCAAGCUGUACAUACAGCCGGCGAUACACACAUUCGAGGUGCUGCAGGGAGUCAUUGCGAAGAGCCGAGCCACGGGCGCCGCGCUGCUCAACACUCUCGCAGCCACCUGCCAGCUCUAUGGGACAGGCGAUGCGCGGCGCGGCCUCGCAAACCACCUCUUCAAGCAGGCGAUGGAAGCGUACUGCCACCUCGUGGACACGUGGAUCAGCUUCGGGGAGCUCUACGACCCCUGCCAGGAAUUCUUCGUAGUGCGCAAGGGCCCCCCAACGGAGGCAUCGGAGGAGGAACAGACAUUCGGCAUAGAUUGGUCGCGCGUGCCAAACGUCAUGAAGGACAUCGCGGAAACGAUACUGAACACCGGAAUGUACAUCAGGAUAUUGGCGAGGUCCAAGGGUAAGGCUUUGCCGAACUACCAGCCGCUGCAGUUCACGUCGGUGGAGGAACUGAAGGCGCACGUUGCCACUUUGCACCAGGUGGCAUCCGACGAACUCGUCAAGUACAUCGUGGCUGACUGCAACCUGAUGGAAAUGCUGGAGUCGGUCCACAGGUUCCUGUUGCUGUCGCGGGCGGACUACGUGACCAACAUCCUCGCCGACCUAGACCACAACACGCUGCACGAAUCUAUCAACCUAAGCUUCCAGGAGGCCGUCGCGCAGUCGUCGCUCAGAAACGAUGCGUACAAGCAUUUGUACGCGCUCAGGCUCGUGGACGGGAGUGCGCCACUGGGGUUGAGCACCAGGCCCGACAGCAACAUUUCGAAACGGCUCAAGCUCUGCUUCACGGUCGAGUGGCCAAUGCAGAUAUUCUUCAGCGAGGAUGUCAUGGCGAAAUACCAAACCGCUUUCAAUUUCCUCCUGCAACUGAAGCAAACGGAACACGCACUCUCACGGAUUUGGCUGACGCAUAUGAAGUGGAAGCGCCUGCCGCUGAUGCCAAGCGCGCAACUCAGGCUGAACUACACCUUCGUCAUCGUCGAACGAAUGCUCUUCCUGUGCCGCAAUAUCGCAUACCUGUGCACGGUUGAGGUCACCGAACGCAACUUCAACCUCAUGCUGCAGACAUACGAAAACCACCUCAAAAAUGACAAGGCGCAACAGUCGUUCAGCUUCAUCGUCUCACGCCACCACCAGUUCGUGGACCAGGUCACCAAGGACUGCAUGAUCGAUGACGAGGCCGUGGCGCCGUCAAUCAAUCGCGCGCUCUCGUUGUGCAACAUCUUCGCCACGCAGGUGCUGGAGUUCCUUGAGCAGCGUGAAACCGACAGCGGGGCCGCGCGGCAACCUGACAGGCACGCCGAAUUGGAACGCGCUACCAAGUUCACAACCGACCUGCUGCACAACGAGGGCUACAUCGCCAUGGUGGGCACCGCAUCGCACCAAUUCGACAGGCACAUGCGAGCGCUCCUCGCCCUGCUGCAGGGAACCGAGGAGCGCCACCAGAGCAGCCUGCUACUGAGACUCACUUAUAACGGAUACUUCACGUGA